AUGGACCCCACGAUCACUCGAGUGCUCUCUCGGCUAGACCCCGCGGUCCCGUUCCGCACCUCCAGCGGCCAUCUCCAUCACACUUGGGCUCGCACCUUUUAUUCGCGUCCGGAGCUGUAUAUCCAGCCACAGACCAUUCCCGAAAUCCAGCAGGUCAUCAAUUUAGCCCGUCGGUGCCGACGCCGGCUUGUGGUUGUUGGCAGCGGUCACUCACCUUCUGACCUGACAUGUACCUCGGCAUGGAUGGUGAACUUGGAUGACUUCAAUCGCAUAUUGGAUGUCAACACCGAGACAGGAAUUGUUACGGUUGAAGCCGGUAUACGCCUGUGGGACUUGGGAAAACAAUUGGAGGAGCAACAUGGAUUGACGCUGUCGAAUCUGGGAAGUAUCGACAGUCAGUCUAUUGCUGGUGUUAUUGCCACGGGUACCCAUGGGAGCUCUCUGGCGCAUGGUCUGAUCUCGGAGUGCGUUGUUUCGCUGACUCUGAUGCUGGCAAAUGGACAACUGGUGCGCUGUAGUGCCAGCAGCAACCAGGCACUUUUCCGGGCGGCUCUCAUUUCUUUGGGGGCGUUAGGGAUAGUCGUUGAAGUCAGCUUCCGCUCGGAGCCGUCGUUUAAAAUAGCCUGGAGACAAACACGGCGAUCGCUCUCCAGUAUCCUGGAUGAGUGGUCGUCUGGGUUAUGGACGUCGCAUGAGUUCGUCCGCGUGUGGUGGAUGCCGUACGAGAAAGCUGCAAUUCAUUGGUAUGCUGAUAAGACGGAUCUUCCGCUGAAAGCGCCGCCAAAGACCUUUUAUGGUGAGGCUCUUGGAUAUCACGUAUACCAUAAUUUGUUGGCCCUAUCGAACUAUUUUCCUCGCAUUCUUCCGUGGGUGGAGUGGCUUGUGUUCGGGUUGCAGUACGGAUUUAAAGCAGAGAAGACGGUCACAGGAGCAGUUGAACACGCGCGUACGGGUCUCCUGAUGAAUUGUCUCUACUCACAAUUUGUCAAUGAAUGGGCAUUGCCGUUGGAGAAGGGUCCAGAGGCAAUGACAAGGUUGUCGGCCUGGCUGCAUGGAGAUGUCGAAUCGGCCCGCAUCCCCUUCUCUGUUGACGGGCUGUGGGUGCAUUGUCCCGUCGAAGUCAGAGUUGCAAACACUACGCAUAACAAGGGCCCUCGGCCUUUCCUCGACCCCACUAGCAGCCAAGGGCCGACAUUGUAUCUUAAUGCGACUCUAUAUCGUCCAUAUUUUCGAGACCCUCCUUGUAAGGAUCGCUAUUACGAAGCAUUUGAGUGGCUCAUGCGAGAUAUGGGUGCAAAGCCACAUUGGGCUAAAAACUUCAAAUCAACAGGCCAAGAGCUGAGGGGAUUGUAUGGGAAGGACAUGGAUGAGUGGCUCAGAGUCCGUCAGGACGUGGAUGCCGAUGGCAUGUUCCUUGGCGAAUGGCAUUACCGCACUCUUGCUGUGUCUGGUGAUGAGGGCCCAGGAUUAAGUUCCUUAGAUGCAACCUCUUUUCCAUUGAUGGAGCGUGAGAAGGCUCGUCAGCAGGCGAAUAUCCGUGGCGCUGGAGAUGGUGUGGAAUGGAUCGGAGAUAAUCGGUGGGAGACGGACACAAAAGAGACAAGUGUUUUGUUGUCGACCGUGGAGAGGGAGAAACUCACCUCUAGUUCGCCAACAACAGCAACGAGCGAGGAGAGCUUCGACCUCCUCGCGUCCGGUGAGGCGAGUGUGGUAAUCCCUGAACCGUGA